AUUUCUGGGUUUUUUUCAACUUUGUAGUUUUAUAGCAACUAUGCUCAAGUAAAGCUCUCAAUGAUACUUUGGUUUCUUCACGGCAACAGGACUCGAGGAGCUCAGUAACAUCCUGGCGCAGUUUGGCACAGAACAAAUAAUUUCGUGGACCAUUUUAAAUGGCGACAGCGCCAAAGAGAAAGGGUGACCCAAUUACCUCAAACUCAUCGCAAGAUCUCGUCACCGAUCAGGCCUCGGGUAGACGCACGGAGCAAAAAGUCUACACAUUUGACACCGAGAAAUCGGACCAGGCCAAGCCCGCCGCCCCAGCGCCGCCUAAGGAUGAGAAGGUCAAGGCACAGAAGACGAUCCUCGAGGAGCACGGCAUCAUCCUGGGCAAAGUGAUUGGCACGGGCAACUAUGCCAAAGUGAAGAUCGGCUUCUCCGAGGAGUACGGUAAGCGGGUGGCCGUCAAAAUUAUAUCGAAAGUGAAGGCGCCAUCGGAAUACACACAAAAGUUUCUGCCCCGCGAAAUUGAGGCUGUGAAGGGACUGCAUCAUGAGAAUCUGAUAACAUUCUAUCAAAGCAUCGAGACGAGUCACCGAGUCUAUUUGAUAAUGCAGCUGGCAGAGAACGGCACUCUGCUGGACUAUGUGCGCGAAAAGAAAUUCCUGGAUGAGCCGCAGUCGCGCACCCUCUUCAAGCAGCUGAUCAGUGCCGUGGAGUACAUACACAGCAAGGGCGUCGUGCAUCGCGAUAUCAAGUGCGAGAACCUGUUGCUCGACGAGAACUGGAAUCUGAAGCUGAUCGAUUUUGGGUUCGCACGCAAGGAUACGCGCACUGCCGAAAACCAGGUGGUGCUCUCAAAGACCUUUUGCGGGAGCUAUGCCUAUGCCAGUCCAGAGAUUCUAAAGGGCAUUGCCUAUGAUCCUUUCAUGUCCGAUAUCUGGGCCUGUGGCGUCGUCUGCUAUGCGAUGGUCUUUGGCCGCCUGCCCUACGAUGGCUCCAACGUGCACAUUCUGCUGAAGCGCAUUAAUCAAUCGCUGGUGUUCCCCAAAAAUCCGGUAGCAAGCAGCGAGUGCAAACACAUGAUCAUGCACAUAUUGGCCCCCGUCAAAAUCAGGUACAAUGUGCCCCAGAUUAAAGAAGAUCCUUGGCUGUCCUCCAAAUAAUUUUCGCUUCAGCCCAACACUCGCUGUUGCCGCAACUAUUCAAAAUACUUUUUUAAUAUAAAUUUUUAGUCAAUAAAACUGCACAAUUAGACCGAAA